ACAGUCCAGUGUACUCCCAUUGUAUGUCCACCUGUGUCAUGCACUAGACCAGAAAAAAAGCAUGGCCACUGCUGUGCCACAUGCCCUGACUGCAUAUACUAUGAGGAUACCUUUUUGGAUGGACAACAGUUCACAAACCCAGAUAACCAGUGUCAGGAAUGUGGAUGCCAGGACGGGCAUGUGACGUGUGCGGACAGAGGGUGCCCAGGUCCACAGUGUUCAUAUCCAUUGCCAGGAACCUGCUGUAACAACAACUGUAAUGGUUGCAAUUACGCUGGAAAGGAAUAUCCCAAUGGUGCAGAUUUUCCACAUCCCACAGAUAAGUGCAGACAGUGUCACUGCAUUAAUGGUAACGUGCAGUGUCUAACAAAACGAUGCCCUCCACUUGCUUGCAGUGAGCCAUACCCUGUGCCAGGAGAAUGCUGCCCUCAGUGCCCAGUGCCACCAGCAGAUUGUCCAUAUUCUGGAAUCACAUACAGACACAUGCAACGUUUCUAUGAUCCAUCAGACAAAUGCCGAGACUGUAUCUGUAAUAAUGGCACUGUAACCUGUCAACGGAAGCCUUGUGCUCCAACUCCUUGCACACAUCCCCUUCAGGGAGACUGCUGCCGUUCCUGUGAUGGUUGUCUUCUGUCUGGAAAAGAACUUGCUAAUGGUGAGCAGUUCACCCAGCCUUCAGAUCCAUGCACAAUGUGUGUUUGCUGGGAAGGUAGCAUCAAUUGUCAACCCAAAACUUGCCCUGUCCUUAAUUGUCCAUAUCCAGCCCCUGGACAAUGCUGCAAAGAAUGCAAAGAUUGUCAGUACCUAGGCCAAGUCUACCUGAAUGGGCAGGAAUUUUCAUCUCCCCAAGAUUCAUGUAGUCGAUGUGUCUGUGGUGAUGGCUUUGUCACUUGUAGUAAGAAGCCUUGCUAUAAACCUGGCUGUUCUCACCCUAGCACUCCUUCAGGAAAAUGCUGCCCUGUAUGUGAUGGGUGCUCUUAUAAUGGAGUGGAAAUGGUUAACAGUCAAACUGUU